CUAGUUUAACUGACAGUUGACGUUUGUAAUUGUGAGGUUAUAAUAUUGUUUAUCGCCCAUGUGCUUAAACGGUUUCACAAGUAUACAUUUUAUCUAAACAACUACUUAAAAUGAUUCGACGACAGGCACGUUUACGGAGAGAAUAUUUAUAUAGAAAAACAGUAGAGGACCGACAAAAAUCUAUACAGGAUAAGAAAAAUCGAAUUAAAAAAAGUCUUGAGCAGCACACAACAAUCCAUGGAGACCUUCAGAAAAAGGCACUUCAUUACGCGAAGAAAAUAGAAUGGGAAGAUGCAGGACCAGAAGCAGCUGCUAGACUUGGCGGAGAAAGUGGAGGAGCCGUAGCAAAUUCUCAAGACGACGAAUACAGAUACGCGGGAGUAGAGGAUCCGAAAAUUGUGAUAACAACAUCCAGAGAUCCAAGUUCCAGGUUAAAAAUGUUUGUUAAGGAACUUAGAUUGAUUUUUCCCAACGCUCAAAGAAUGAAUCGCGGUAAUUACGAAAUGAAACAACUAAUACAUGCUUGUAGAGCUAACGAUGUGACGGAUUUCAUAGUUGUUCAUGAACACAGAGGUGUACCUGAUGGACUAGUUAUAUGCCAUCUGCCGUACGGUCCAACGGCUUAUUUUAACAUGUCAGAUGUUGUUAUGAGACAUGAUAUACCUGAUAUAGGAACAGUUUCUGAACAGUAUCCUCAUUUGAUAUUCCACAAUUUCAAGACUCCUUUAGCUGAACGUACUAUGAAUAUUUUGAAGUAUUUAUUUCCUGUUCCAAAAGAUGAUUCAAAAAGAGUCAUUACUUUUGCUAACCAUGAUGAUUAUAUAAGUUUUAGGCAUCAUACUUAUAAAACUGUAGAUAGGCAGAUUGAAUUGAAUGAAGUGGGCCCUAGAUUUCAAUUGAGGCUGUAUGAAAUUAAAUUAGGUACUUUGGAUAAUGUGGAUUCGGCAGAUACGGAAUGGGCGCUUCGUCCUUAUAUGAAUACAACAGUGAAAAGAAGAUUUUUUAGUGAUGAAGACGGUUGGAAGCAAGAUGAAGAUGUUUCAUAAGCUAAAUUAUGUUUUGUUUAAUAAAAACAAUUUUCACAA